UGAGCGCGGUGGUGCAGGUGCAGCAGGCGUGGGGCGCGUGGGCGGGCAACAGCAACGACACCACUGCUUGCUCCGCGUGGCCUGGCGUCACGUGCAGCCCUAACGGACUCAUCGUCGCAUUGGAUUCAAAGGCCGUAUCGGUGGAUCAUGGCAGUGCUGCCAUACCUGACUCCAUCACCAAUCUCGCCGCUCUCCAAUACCUGGACCUGACAAACGAUCAGCUGGCGGGGCCCAUCCCAUCCCUCGCGAGCCUCACCAGCCUCACCCUCCUAGCCAUGGGAGCAGACGGCAGCCAGCUCACUGGCACUAUUGAGGGACUGGCUUGGCUCUCCUCCCUCUCCAACCUGCACACACUGAAUCUUUUUGGCUUGUCGGAAUUCACAGGGGAUUUGUCCUCUCUGCACAUUCUCUCUCACCUGGAAAAGCUUCAAAGCCUGACACUCAGUUCGUUCACCAAUGCCACGGGGGAGAUACCCAGGGAGAUCCGAUACCUCACGGCGCUCACUGCACUCGAUUUGUCGUACCUUCGGGCAUUGGAGUUUCCUGACUGGGUGACUCACCUCGCCACCCUUCAGCAUCUCAACGUGAAUGCGGACGAGCCGCGGCGGCAGGGGUUGUUGUCGGAUGACAUAUCGCACCUCACAGCGCUCACCUCGCUAUCCCUCAAAGGCAACAAUCUGGAGGGCUACGUGCCUAAGACCUGCUCCUCUCUCCUCAACCUGCAAUACCUGGCUUUGAAUGACAACCAUCUUCAAGGCACCAUCCCUGCCACCCUCUCUGCCCUCACAGCCCUCACUGCAAUAGACCUCUCAUGGAAUCAUCUGUCUGGUUCCAUCCCCCAUGCCUUCACUACCAACAUCCAGAGCAUAGCACUUGGUUACAACGCCUUUAGUGGCCCCAUCCCGCCUCACCUUGCACUGCCCCAACUCACUUCCCUGCAGCUGUCCAGCAAUGGGUUCACGGGCGCCAUUCCCAGCACAUUCACCCGCCUCACCGCCAUGAGUAUGCUGGACGCGAGCAACAACAGUCUGAGUGCAGGCUUGGAUGUGGUGGCGCAGAUGACAUGGCUCACUGACAUAAGCCUCCACACCAACAACUUCUCCGGGGUGCUUCCAGCGACCCUCUCUGCCAUCAAGGGGCUUGUCUUCAUAAGCAUCGCUAACAACCACUUCUCGGAAAAAUUUCCCAACCCUCUUCUGCACACCCACCACCUUGCUGUACUGGAUGUGAGCAACAACAGCUUCUCCGGAUCCAUCCCUUUGCAAUUGACCAAGCUACUGCAGCUGGAGGACAUGUGGGCUCAACAGGAUAUCAGCGCUUGUUCACACUGUUCCCGUAGACCUGGUCUUACUUCAGAAAGCUGCUUCGUAAACCCACUCGAGUCUUGGCAAUGGUGCUCCCAAGCUCUUUCGUCAACCGAGCUGCAUAGCCAAGCCUGUUCCCUCAAUCUCAAUGACAACAAGUUCCAUGGAUCAAUCCCGAUUGGCCUCUUCCACCUCCCCACGCUUUACUCACUGCAAGUGGCAAACAACUUUCUUUCCGGAAACCUUCCAGUGACGCUUAGAGCCUCCUCCACACUUACCACGCUUAGCUUUGCAGGAAACGGCUUCACGGGCUCCUUGCCAGACUUCUCGCAGUGGAAGGGCAGCUUUAAAACGCUGGCGCUGAGCAACAACAACUUCACAGGGCUCAUUCCUGACUCCAUCUCCACGCUCUCCACUCUGGAGGCCAUCAUACUGGACAGCAACCAACUGACGGGGACCAUUCCAGCUGCCAUUUUCAAAAUGACGAAUCUAGAAUCCAUCUACCUAGCCAACAACCGUUUGAGCGGCAGUCUGCCGUCUGCCAUCAGUCGCUUAAGGAAGCUCCAACAGAUCUGGCUGGACAACAACAGCAUCGAGGGCCCUCUGCCGUCUGCCAUCUGCUCGCUGCCCUGGCUGUGGCGCAUCAUGGUGAGCAACAACCAUCUCUACGGGCCUCUGCCAGACUGCCUCUUCGACAAAUGCAUCAACCAGAUCGACGUGAGCAACAACAGCCUGUACGGGCAUGUGAGCCGCAACUUCAACAGCAUGGUAGCAGACAGCGAGGCCCUCAUCAACCUCGCACACAACUUCUUCUACGGAGAUGCAGUGCUCUUUGCCGCGGGCUGCCAGGUGUGCCCCGAGGAGAUCACCCAGCGCAACCAACUGAUUCUGGACGACAGCAGCGUGGCGCUAGCAGGGAAGUGCAGCGACGCCGGCUACUCUGGCCUGCGAGACUACUCAGUGGCGGGGGCAGGCAAGGGCGCCAGGGGGAGUCUCGCAGGCAACUGUCUGACUGUCAAUCGGGACGUCAAGUGCCCGUCCAACGCCACUCAGCGCAGCACGGCAGCCUGCCAGGCGUUCUGCAGCAUCACUGACAACGGCCCGUGUGACGGCCAUGGGGCGUGCGUGCCGCCUGCACCGGCCGCCCAGGCCAACUUCACGUGCGCGUGCGAUGCCGGGUACUCUCCAGUGGACGUGGGCAACGGCUCCACGUGCGCCAUCGUCAAUGCCACCACCACCAACUUGUUGUCGCUGUCAACAGGUGCCAUCGUGGGCAUUGCUGUGGGUUGCUUUGCCGGCUUCACUCUGCUCACCGCUGUGCUCGCCUGGCUACUGUGGCCCCGUGGACAGAGGAAAUGGAAAGGGCUGGACGUGUGCGAGCAGUUCUCACUGCAGGAGCUCGUGAAGGCCACAGAUAACUGGGCGAGUGACAACGUGCUAGGGAAGGGCGGCUUUGCCACCGUGUACAAGGGGUGCUCGCCGCAGGGGCAGCUGUGGGCAGUGAAGCGCUCCACUGUCAUGACCAACGACUUUGAGACGGAGGUGCGUGCCAUGGCAUCGCUGCACCAUGUGAACCUGGUGCGCCUGCUGGGCUUCUGCCAGGAUCUGAACGUGGAGACGGGCAAGCAGGAGCAGAUCCUCGUGUACGAGUUUGUGGCCAACCGAGACCUGCAACACCACCUCUACAAGUCCGAGACCGACAUGCACGCCAAGGUCGCAGACUUUGGGCUGCUCAAGCUGCUCACUCACGGCGAUGCUGCUGCCACCCGAGUGGCGGGGACGCCCGGCUAUGUGGAUCCAGACUACAACCGCUCCAACGUCAUCACGGCCAAGAGCGAUGUCUUCAGCUUCGGCAUUGUGCUCCUGGAGUUGCUGAGUGGAACGCCACCCACUUUUCACCGUGCAACCCAUAUCAAGAACUGGGCGCGGCAGAGGGUGGAUGCGUAUGAGUUUGACGAGCUCAAGGACAGCAAACUGGAGGCCAGUGAGGAGGCCGUGGUGGACUUUGCUGACCUGGCACUGGACUGCAUAAAGGCGCCGGGCACACGCCGCCCCGACAUGAAGGACGUGGCAUACCGCCUCCGUGCCCUCAUUGACAAGCACUGCCCUGACAAGGAGGAGUGGGAGUGUGGUAGAGAAGAGAGUGUAAGCACCGGAGGGGAGUCGUUUGCCAUGGACUAUUCCGCUGUUGGGAGCUCGUUGUUCAGCUCGUUUUUCGGCCCGAUAGUGUCAUGA